AGCUCUCGAGAGGUGAGCGAUCGAUCGUUUGGAUCGAGCGAGAAGGAUAAUCCCGAGUGAGAGAGAGAGAGAGGAGAUGGGCAGCCUAGAAUCGCCACGAACAGCGCACGGAUGGGCCGCGCACGACGGCUCCGGCAUUCUCUCGCCAUACGAAUUCCCUCUCAGGGAAGUGGAUCCCGAUAGCGUGGAGAUUAAAGUGCUCUACUGUGGAAUCUGCCACACCGAUCUCCACCAGCUCAAGAACGACUAUGGAAUGUCGCGAUACCCAAUGGUUGCCGGGCACGAAGUGGUGGGAACCGUGACGAAAGUCGGUGCCGGCGUGGAGAGAUUCAAGGUGGGCGAUUGCGUCGGCGUCGGAUGCAUCGUUGGUUCUUGCCAGGAUUGCAAUGCUUGCACCGGGGAUAUGGAGCAGUACUGCUCGAAAAAGCGAUGGACCUACAACGAUGUCUUCCCCGAUGGCGAGCCAACUCAGGGUGGAUUUGCCGAUCUCAUGGUUGUCGAUCAAAGAUUCGUGGUGACCAUUCCAGAGGGACUGUCACUCGACGCCGCAGCUCCGCUUCUCUGUGCCGGGAUCACGGUCUACAGCCCGAUGAAGCACUUUGGAAUGACCGAGCCUGGAAAGAAGUGUGGUAUCCUCGGUCUCGGCGGUGUCGGGCAUAUGGGAGUCAAGUUCGCCAAAGCAUUCGGUCUCCACGUUACGGUAAUUAGCACUUCUCGCAGCAAAGAGAAGGAGGCCCGAGAAGUUCUGGGAGCGGACGACUUCUUGGUCAGCACUGAUCCGGAGCAAAUGGCAGCUGCUGCUCAAUCCCUGGAUUAUAUCCUCGACACCAUUCCAGCUCCUCAUCCGCUGGAUAUGUACUUGCCUCUCUUGGGAAUGAAUGGCAAGUUCAUUCUCCUUGGAGUUGUUCCGGCACCUCUACAGUUCGUGGCUCCUAAUAUCCUCCUGGGACGACGUAUGAUCGCCGGGAGCUUUGUCGGCAGCAUGAAGGAGACGCAAGAGAUGCUGGAGUUUAGCGCCGAGAAGAAGAUCGAGUGUAUGAUCGAGACGGUAACUUUCGACUACAUCAACGAGGCGAUGAAGCGGCUGGAAAAGAACGACGUCAGAUACCGAUUCGUGAUAGACGUAGAAAAGUCGAACAAGAGCGCGUGAAAACAGUCACACAAAGAAUGAAGACAGAGAUACACACACAGAUCAUACACACACUUACCAUGCACAAGGAAACAAGAGGGUGGUGUUUCAAUUCAACGACGACCGAGUUAUAGUAUCUUACUGUACAUCGAUCGAUCUGUUUGGAAUAAAUCCAAGAAACUAGUCUGGAA